AUCCGACGUGCAGUGCGCCGGCAACACCAGGUCGAAUCACCACAGACAGCCUCAGUUGGUCGCCAACCGCCACAGUAGAACGUCCCUUGCAUAAUACCACGAAUCAAUGACACUUCACCGGGAUAACAAUCGUCUAAAAUGAUCUGAAUCACCGGUGAUAACUCAAGAUAAAGAUCAUUUGUCGUGAUAUAGUACCAUGUGGACAUUCACGAGUUACGAUUUUGGUGAAUAGAUAUAGAAUUGUGAAUUUUUUAGUGAGAAUCCGUGGUGAUGACCAUAAUGUGGAGUUUAGUGCUUGUCCUUCUCUGUGCAACAGGCAUCACAGCCGGAAUCCUAGUGGAAGCCCAGACAGACAGCAUAAAUCUACCCCCAGGUAAUGGCAGAAACAACGAAAAAGAAUUCCAGGGGAUACGGAGAUUUGCAUGCCCCGUUGGAUUCUUCAGACUCAAGAGAAAUUGUUAUUAUCUGAGUGCUGGCGUUGCCCAGUGGAGGGAUGCCUACUUCCACUGUAAAGACAGGAACUCAACAUUGGCGGAACUCGAUAAGAAUGGAAAGGAUCGAACCCUCAGGAAGUACCUCAUCGGCGAACAAUUCACGAGACUCGAGAGGUGGAUAGGUGGUAUGUACAAUUGGAAGCAAAUGGCGUGGCAAUGGGGUGUAAAGGGUGAGAAAGUGAUAUUCCAGAAUUUUGCUGGAGCCCUGAGUAAAAAUCCAUCGCAGUACGAAUGGCACUGCAUAGUACUCGAUCCAUCAGUCAAGUACAGAUGGACACCGAGAAGUUGUUUCGAGAAGAAGCACUACAUUUGCGAAGUCCCUGCUGGACGAAUAGGACGUAGGAGGAAGAAGACAGUUCCCUCGGAGCUGGGGCCCCAGAACCAAAGACUGAGACCGAGAAAAAAAGGGAAAAGGAGGAAGAAAGGGAAAAAUGACUUGAGGGCACAGAGAAGGGGACGACUGGAAACAGCGUGGAACAAGGAUUGGGUGGUAACUGACAAUCAGGAGUGGGCACACGGGGUUAAACUCGGGUCAAGGCCACCAGCUGAUGCAAAGCCGUCACCGGAAAUACGACACACAAACCGAACUCGUCAUCGAAAUAAUCGAAACAGGGGGCGCGAUAAGACACCCCAAAUAAAUCAAAUAGCACCACAGGGACACGAGUAUGGGGCUUUCCUAGGGGAUGGACCAGAUGGUGGACGACCUAAGGCACUGUCUGACGACAAGACACUAUCUCACUAUCACGCUAAGAUCAAUGAUCUCUCCCUGGAGGAGGUGCUACUGAAAACUUGAACGUAUCAUCUAGGAACCGUUGGGGAGUCCACUUUAAAACUUCCAUCGUUAUUUCCUUUCUAGAUCAUGUUCGAGUCCAUGUCCGAGAUUAAAAUCAACAGAUAUCUUUGUCUCGUUGCUCUCUUAAUUCAAUUUACACUGAGACAAUUUUUUUUCAUCCAUUUCUUGUAUCAAGUAAUUUUUUCUUUGCCAAAAGUAGUAUUUCUCGUAAUGUCGUGGGAUCAGAAAAAAAUAAGAUUCAAAUUCUUUCGUUAAUCUCCUUCAAUUUGCAAAAAAUUCUCAUGAAUUAAAAUAAAUAUUUCCGAUAUGAAAAUAACAAGCUCAUUAUUCCAUUUAGGAAUACUGAUCAUGAGUGUAAUAACAAAUUUUUGAAUCGAGAACUUAACGCUUCUAUCUCCUCUUGUACUCAGUGCAAAGAAUUUCAAAUUUGACAAUGUUCAAUGAACACUUCAGUAUCACACUUGCAAUUUCUUACAAGUGUGAUAUACUUGCGAAAAAUUAAUUUUUCCCUCAGUGUAACAAUUUCUCUUGAGUGCGCCAUGUUACGGUAGCUCUAGCUUAAACUGUAUUUUUGUAUUGCCGAAUCCAAGGCCUAGAUUCUACUUUUCGUUAAUUUUACGAGUAAUUAUCGUUAAUAGUUCUUAAUCAGGUUGUAGCUCUGGAAUAAGGAGAUUGAUGUUGUAUGAAAAAUGCAGGGUUUGAGUGUGAGGAGUGGAAUGAUAAAACGUCGAUGAUGAAUUCUCGGGGACAUGUGGGGAGAGAUAAAUUUUCGGUGAGAAUCCAUCUAUCUCGAUCUGUUGAAUAAUCGAGUACCGUAAAAAUGGUUUAUUGCUCGUUGCCCCAGUGGAAUAUCGAGAAUUCUCAAUGUAUGAGAACAGUGUCAGCAUACUGAUGCUGUUUCGCGUCAUAUUUGAAAGGUUAACCCAUUUCGAGGAUAUCCAAGUACUUUCAUCAUUUUUCUUUCGUCGAAUAAUAUUUUGUGAUAAUAUUAUUGAAACAUUUGAACUUUCAAAGUUAAUUCUUGAUUUCUACUCGUUUGAAAAUAUUUUAGAGAUGUAAAAAAGAAUCCACUUCUACAAUUCUGGAUGACUUCUGCCUUUUUAUAAAUAAUUUACCCAACAAAUAUUCUUCUUUCAGAAUUCACUUUUUUAAUAUUGUAAUGAAUCCGUUGAUAUUCGGGUUUCCCGCAGGAAUCGAUUCCAAACCAAAGAAAAACGGGGAAACUACGGUUUAACGGAAAUAAUAUUCUCUUAAGGAGAUUUAGUUAGGUAAUUUGUGCAGACCAAAGUGUAAAAGAUAUUUUCAGGAUAUUCAAGUAUUUCGGUAAUUUUUCCAACUGAAUCUCAAUUCAAUUUUUAAUUUUUAACUUUCUAAAAAUGUUUAGAGGACCAAAAAAAAAUUGAAAAAUUCUACUUCUACAAUUCAUCAAGACUACGCAAACUAUUGGUGUAUGAUUUUUAAACACUCAAUGUUUACCCGUAUAAGUCGUAUUUCCAAAAUAAUAGUAAAUUCGUGAAUACUCAGAAUUUCUCCAGAAAUGAAUCUCAAGCCAAAGAAAAUUUCGCAAACGCCGGUUACUUAACAAAUUUGUUGGUACCAAGCUAUAAAAAGCAAUGGGAUAUCCUUGAGGUGUGGAUAAAUGGAAAAAUGUCCUUAUGCAAAUUCUUUAGAAAAAAAAACGCUUCGCCUGUACAUAUCGUUGAAACCCACCCUAAUGUCAAUGUCUAUGUAAUGUUUAUCGCCUGUAGAAACGAAUGAAAAAUUAAAUUAAACUCACCUUGA